AUGCGUUCUACAAUCAUCCUAUCAUCUCUCGCCAGCCUCGCUGCCGCCGCACCUGCUGCAGCGCCAAGUCCAGCACCCAGCAGCUCGUCUUGCGCGUCGCAGACAGCACAACCAGGAGGCUACGGUCCCAAGUCGACUAACCCUGACACAGCCGAAGCCUUCCUUGCCAACCAAGUCUAUUCCAAUGCCGCUUCAAGCGCCGUCACACCACCCGGCUACGCACAAUCCUUCGUGAACCUCCAAGCCGCGACAACCACCAGCAACUACCUGACAUACUAUGACCUCCAAAGUUACGACCCGUCCGUCUGCAAGGCCAAAUGCGACGCAGUGACCGGAUGCACGGCAUUCAACCUCUACUUCGAGCGAGAUCCCAGCGUUCUCCCCGACGCAUCCGCAUGCCCGAACCCAUCCAGCUUCACAAAUGUCAAAUGCAGUCUCUGGGGCACCGCCCUCACAUCCGCCACAGCUACCAACUCGGGGCAAUACCGCGCCUCAUUCCACGUCGUGAUCGCCGGAUCGAACGGCUACAACAAACUCCCGCCCGCACAACCCGGAUUCGACGGCCCAACCCCCUUGACCGGCGCCAUCAUCGCCCCCGACGGCUCCACCUACAUCGGCGUGCGCUUCCAAGCCGGCAGCACUCUGAACACGACGUUCUGCGCCUCCGAAUGCGCCGCCACGACCGCCAACGACCGCUCUACCCCAAAGGCCGACGGGACCUACAUGCCAUGCAACUUCUUCAAUGCCUGGGUCGGGGUUCUCGGGGGCGUCGUUGACGGCACGCAUUGCGCUGAGUACACCCAGCCGUGGGGCAAGCCGUAUGACACCAACUACGGACAGAUGCGAGGCAACCAGGUCUACAGUGUGACGCAGAGCUAUGGAUACUCGCUGAACCCCCAAGACUCUGGGAAAGUGAGCGCGACGAACGCGUAG